AACUCAAAGCUACUCUCUGCGUGUCGGACAUCCAUCAGCUUAGACCCUAUACUCUGGCUUCCGAUGACUAGCGAAGAGCGUAACCGCUGCCUCCGAUGGCGUCUCGGAUGGCUACCUGGUGGUCAUUCCAACUCCGGCCAUUUGCCACAUUCUUUAUGGACUCGACCA